AUGGCUAACAAAUCAACAACAUCCAUUGCUUUUCUUUCUGCUCUUAUUUGCAUUUUAGCAGCUUUGGCAAAAGGAACUAGAUUGUAUUCAAUAAAUGACAAUCAAAAUAGCAUAUUGCCAUCGUCCCCAGGUUCCGACGAUAUCUGCAAGUCAUUGGUGGAGCCACAAGGCUACGCUUGCCAACAACACAUAGUGACGACGGAUGAUGGCUACAUUCUCAGUCUGCAGAGGAUUCCUGCUGGGCGUUCUGGUAAAAAAGCAGACAAACCACCCGUUCUGUUACAACAUGGGAUUUUAGUGGAUGGUGCGUCAUGGGUAAUACUGUCCCCUGAAGAAUCUCUAGGGUUCAUCUUGGCCGACAACGGGUACGAUGUGUGGCUAGCAAAUACUCGAGGGACUAUUUCUAGCCGUGGACACAACUCACUUAGUCCUAAUGAUCCGGCUUAUUGGAAUUGGUCAUGGGAUCAAUUGGCCGCUCAUGACCUUCCUACUCUAGUCAAAUAUGUUAACGACCAGACGGGGCAAAAACUACACUAUGUUGGGCAUUCCUUGGGAACUUUGACUGCUUUUGCCGCCCUUUCACAAGGCAAGCUAUUGAGCAUGCUGAGAUCUGCCGCUUUGCUCAGCCCAAUUGCUUAUUUGGGCCGCAUUCCUUCGCUGCUGAUAAGAGUUGCUGCUCAAUAUUUCUUAGCUGAAGAUAUUUACUGGUUGGGUGUUCGUGAGUUUAUUCCAAAAGGGCAACAACUUGGCAAACUUCUUGAAAAUAUCUGCAAACCUGGCAUUGACUGCUCCAACUUAUUGAUAUCUGUAACAGGCCCAAAUUGCUGCAUUGAUAAAUCCAAGGAAGGCGUUUUUCUCGACCACGAGCCUCAGUCAACUUCGACAAGGAACUUAAUUCAUCUUUCUCAGAUGAUCAGAGACGGAACAAUGGCAAUGUAUAAUUAUGAUAAUUUGGUUGAAAACAUGAAGCAUUAUGGGCAGCCAACUCCUCCAACGUACAACAUCUCUAACAUUCCGAAUGAGAUUCCUCUCUUCAUCAGCUAUGGAGCGAAGGAUUUACUUUCUGAUGUUAACGAUGUUCAGAUUUUGCUCGACAAGCUUGAAAAUCAUGAUAAAGAUAAGUUGGUGGUUCAGUUUGUGAAGGAUUAUGCUCAUGGAGAUUUUAUUAUGGCUGUCAAUGCCAACAAAGUUGUGUACUCCCCUCUAAUAGACUUCUUUACACUUCACUAA